CCUACAACCACAACCGCCCAGACAAACAACCCAGGUCUACAUUACUAGCACCGGUCCUCUUCUACCUGCACAUUCAACCAGCUAGAAACAUCAUAUCUAGAUAACACCUUUCCUGGCAUUCCGUCGCCCACUGUCCCGACACCGUGUUAUUUCACCUCCAUCGCACUAUGGCCAUCAGAGACCACUUCCGCCGCCGCAAGUCCAUCUGCGAGCCUAGCCAGGGAGACCCCAACUGCUCUGAACCACCAAAAUCACCCGCUCUCCGCUUGGCCAAGACCCUAGGAUGGCGCUCAACGAAGGAAGAGAAGCCCAAGAAGAAGCCCAUCAAGGACGACAAGCCGGACCCUCGCGAGCGGCCCUUCAGUGAGACCAACCUUAGACACCAGCAGAUCCUCAACGGCUUCACCAUGACCUUCGGCAAGAACCAGCACCAGAUAAGCCGCGACCAGCGGUCGAGUUACUAUAGCGUCAACGUCAGCCCCGGCACAUCACGGCACAACAGCGUUGAUGUGGACGACAGUCCGCUCCGGAUGAACCCUCUGCCCCGAGAGCGGCAGUUCCGGUCCGUGCCGGAAGAAGAUGAGAGGUCCUAAGCGACAUUCUGAGUUUCCGUUCCCAUCCGGUGUCACCCAUCCUAGAGACAUCUAGCGACGGAUGAUCUGGUCAGUACGGUGUUACAACACAAUUUAUUUCGGCAUCGCCUGGGAGUUUUUGGGUUUGGACUUUUAGGAGUGGGCCAUUACGGGCGAGGCAAGUUGCCUUGAUAAAAUUGCCCUUAAUGAAAAGACCCGAGGCAUGGACGGGUACUUGAAUUGUAUAAUAAUGCCAACGCCGCUUGGAUAUGAGAAGAUUACAAGGGGAAGGACUCGUCUCUAACUUCGGUCUAGACGAUACAAUC